AUCAGAGUUCACGUUUGAGAAAAAAACAUUCGUUUUAGUUCGUCGGAAAGAAAGAAAGGUUUACAGUUUCACAAAAUAAACUUUAUUGUCAUGAUUUUUUAUAGUGAAAGUCAAUGAGCCUGAAUGUGACCAAACAGAUGCUAAAAGGGCCAUCAGAGUAAAAUGGGCGGGGCCACACAGGGGGCUUUGAAUGACGAAUGGAGAGACUUAAGUCUGACCUGAUCCAAAGAACCCAGCAGGCUUUUAUUCUGAAAGCCCUGCCAGGCUACAAAAACAACUUGACAGCAGAGAAAAGACGGAGAAGAAAGAGCUCCAGCGGUGUGAGUGUGACCACACACACACACACACACACCCACACACACACACACACACACACACACACACACACACACGCACACACACACACACACACACACACACACACACACACACACACACACACACAGCCCUCCCUUCCUGCAGACGGAGCUGCUGCAGCGACUCUGCAUCGUCUCCCACCAUCUGGGAUCCAGAGCAGCUUCUCCUCCUUUUAGGAGGCGCUCCUUUCAUCUUCUCCUCCGUCAGACCGCCGUUCCUGUUCAGACGCCAUGAACCUCGCCCUGCUGCUCCCUGAGGAUUAGGUCCAGAGCGCGCCUUGCCUUCAGCUUCUCUUCACCCACAAACUCAGCUGUUGCUCGGACCCGCCUGAUGGCCACCAGCCCCAGCGCCAUGGAGGAGCCCCAGCAGCCAAUCAGCUCGCAGCCGGAGGGAUCGGACUCAGCGCUGACCUCCCAGCCGGCCGAUGGUGAGCAGCCAACGGAGGAGAGAUCCAUGGAGCACCUGAUGGUGAUCAGCGAGAGCAAAGAGUCCAGUAACGGCGUGGCCCCCAACAUGGCCGACCCGUCCCCCGCAGCCUCCUCUGUGUCGCCCAAGCUCCACGCUAAGCCAGGCGGCCACGUUAACGGCCGUCCUGGCUCGGGCAGCCGGUCCGGCUCGGUAGUGGCGGGCUCCCCCAGGCCCUCGCUCACGCGCCAGCCCAGUGCAAUCACAGAGGCCGCUGCGGACGGAUCCAAGCCCCGGGAUUACCUGAUCCUCGCCAUCCUGUCCUGCUUCUGCCCGCUGGUCCCCAUCAACAUCGUGGCGCUCACCUUCUCUGUGAUGUCCCGGAACAGCCUCCAGCAGGGGAACGUGGACGGAGCUCGCCGACUGGGCCGGAACGCCAUGAUGCUGUCCAUCAUCUCCAUUAUAGGAGGAAUCGCCAUCAUCGUCGCAGCCAUCGCCCUCAACUGGGGCUUGAUUCUAAAACACUGAAAGCAGCCAACAGGAAGUCAGACCAAAGCCUUCCUGAAGCUCCGUCACUCUCAAGCAUCAACACUUUGGACAAACACUAUUUGUGCUCUUGGUUUUUGUUUUUGUGCACGCGCAUGGACCGAACGGCGUUCUACCUCCAACACGGCCUGAGACCACGCCCCCCCACGGAGGUAACACUCCGGUCAUUCUGUGGUAGCAGCUUAUCUCCUCUCUGCCCGUACUCUCCCUCCAGCCAACGCCGCUCCUCACGGAGGAGGUCACCCCGUCUCUGAGCGGGUCGCGGCUGUGACCCCUGAUGCCAAAGGAGGUGGAGCUGCUGGGACGCCGGAGCGCCACCGCUUUACUGCGAGGACAAGAAGGUGGCGCCGUCUCAACAAAGAACACCGGUGAAUUUUGACUUUAAACACGUCUCCAUCAUCCUACAGUUUCACAAGAACUCAACGCUUUCUGUUUUUUUGCCUGACGUGGAUCAUCACCGGGAGGAAAACCAAACCCGGCUCAGCCUCGUCCCCCUCCACCCCCCCGGUCCAAUUACUGGGACCACAACGACACAAAGCUAUGUGUGCGUUCAAAUACCUGCUGAGCUGGUUGAGGUUGCUAAAGACACCUCUGAUCCCACACCCAUUUCCCAGAAUGCAUCUCUUCAGGUUCUGAGCUCUAAACGUUGGAGCUGAAAUGCCAACGUUCCUCAUUUCUUCUAAAGGGAAAUCAACAUCCUCAGGAUUGGGUUCAUAAACACAAAACCAAAAGGUACAAUUAGUGAGGAGUUUGUUCUCCAAGAAGGAUAUGAUCGUUUUUUUUCUGGUUCAAUAGACUUUAGAGUCUAAAAACAAUCUAAAACCAAGGUUUUCUUAAACCAGCAGCAUGAUUCAGUUCAGACAUUCCUGGUUUCUUUCAAUAUUUUAACUGACUUGACUCUGAAAAGUGGCACCAAUAAAAGUCACAACGUUCUUUUAGAUUUUCAUCUCCUUAUACAUUACUGAAGCAAACAGUUGGUAGAAAAAGAUUUUGAACAAAAUAUGUCAGAUUUUCCACAGAAAUCUGCAUUUUUAAAAUUCUUUUCUUGUGUGAAAAAGCCAAAGCCGACCAGCAGCAGAGAGAAGGACGUGUUGAAGCUCCUCUGAAUGUUCCCUCCUGGAUGAGGCUGAUGAAGGACAUUGUUCUUCAGGUCUGGAGGAGGAAGACUUCAUGGAUCAUGUUGGUCUAUUUCCACCACAAAUGUUGGAUGGAGGUUAGUUUUCCCUCCGUGUGGAGCGCUGAAUACCUUCAUCCUUCAUCAGGACAAAGCCCUUCAUCAUCAGCAAACCUGCUGACUUCCUUCAGGUCUCCAUGUUGCUCUUUCUUUCUUCAGUCCCUUUUUUCUCCUCCUUGUUCUUCUUUAUUGAGGUUUUCCUCUCUCAUUUCCGGUUAGUCUGCUCCACUUUAUCCCGUCAGUUUCUUCUUCUCGUCUGCUGAGGAUGCCUCCUCAGGUUCCCUCGUUGUAUUAAAGAUGUUAAAUAUUUCGUGGGAUUCCUGAUCUGUGAUGACGCCAGUGUUCUUCCUUUCUGAGUUUUGGGAACUGAAGCUCCUUCAGAACAUCAGCUGCUCAUCACAGAUGCUGUUCCCAGAAUGUGUUGGGAUCUUUGAUCCAUGUUGGGGUUUCAGCACCAGAAACUGUUUUUGUCCUCAUCUCCUGCUUUUUUCCAGCUCCUCCUAAUGUUGAUCUCAAUUCUUCCACUUCCUGAUGGUUCUGCCAUCAAGUUUUCUUCAUCAAUCAUCCGACCAUUUGUCCAUCAUCCCAUGGUCUGGUUGGUGAACCAUCACUAUCUUCUUGGUUUGGAUGGGAUGUUGGUGUGAUCAUUUUUCAACCCCUUUGGUGGAUCUUCCAGCCUUGACAUUAGGACUUCCAUCCUGUUUGACAGGAGGAGGAUCUUUGCUUAAGGUGGACCGGUGGUCCUGCCUGGUGGGGUAACAGUGCAGUCCUUCAGGAUGUAUCUCCCAGUGAAGCAGACCCUUAAAGGUCAUGUCCUCCUUUGGAGGUUCCUCCUUUUUCCUCUUGUCCUUCCGUUUUUGUCGCCCGAGCUCUUCCUGAAGCUGUCUCUGGAGACCGGCUGAUGUCCGGAUGUAUCUCCAGUGUCUCCUACUGGAUGGAGACUCCAUCACCUCCUUCUUACCUUCUCGUCAACUGUAGUCCAAACAUGAGAGACGUUCCCAAAAACUAGAGCAGAGAGAACAUCCUCCAGCAGUUCAGAUGAGGAUUUCAAACAUAAAACGAUGACUUGCUUUUGUUUGGAGCGUUUGAGGAGUAUGGCGGUGAGGACGCCUCCUCUGCAAACCGCCAAGCGAGGCUCCUGGUGCCAAACGUAGUUUAGCGGAGAAGCAUUUGGACACGCAGACCGACCUGCUGACGAUCAGCUCAGAGAACCUGUGAAUGAACUUCUCAUCUUUGCAUCACGCCGUGCCAAACAGCAGAGGGCGCCGUGACCGUCAGCUGUGACAGAUGUGGGAGAACUUUGAGGAAAUAAGCUGUUAUGGAUCAAAAUGGUCUUCUAUAACCUGUGCAUGUUUACAGUAUUUAUACCAGAGUGUUUUUCUAUGGAAGUGUUCAUCAGCACAGUAAGGCUUCCCGCCGUUCCUUUGAUUUGCUGUAAGAGUCUCGUGAAGCGGCGCAGAGUUUUGCACCAACAGAAAGUAGAGGGGAGGUCAUGCUCAAAGGCACGCGGGCAGGGAAGAGCAAAAGAAACACAUUGUGAUCACAUCAUAUUCUAAGUGGAGCGCCCCCUGUAGGGCGAAAAGCUCCACCUGUCUGACUCCAACCAGAGGCUAGAACCCCUUCAUUUUGAUGGAUUUCUUCUGUUUCCAGAAAAUCCAGACUAAAAGUUUGUCUUUUAUUUCUGAAAGGCAGCAGCACAGUUGUUGAAUGAUUGUUGCUGAGCGGCCGUUUUUCUUCUGCUAGCGUCAGCCGCCAUCUUGGCCCGUGUCUGCCCUCCAGGUUGGCGCUCAGCUGAUGCGACUAAAAGCUGAUUUAAUUUAAAAGAAGAUCCUUGCUGAGACAUUUUAGCAGCUUUUUGAAUUCAGUUCCUCCACAAAGCUUCACAUCCAAGAUCGGAUCUGAGCGCCACAAAGAAAUGGACCAGAAAAACCAAACAAAGCACCUCACCGAAUCCUGACAUGAUCUAAGACUAUUAUGGUCUGUUUCAAUCUGGUUUAUCCUAAAGCCUCAUUUAUCUGACCUGUAUUUGACUGAUGGUCUGAAGAAGGGAUCGAGUCCUUCUGGGUGUCCUCCCUGUACUGAGCAUGACAGAGGGCGACCUCAGACAGGUUCAUGGUUUCAUUAACGAGGCUCCAGGAUGGAAAUGUCCAACAUUUCUGAGACCUGAACGUGGAGACAACUGCGGGACGUCCAGGCCUUCCCCCGCCCGCUCUGAAUGUAGCAUGCCUCCUCAGCACAGAACCAGCAGGACUCAGCAUGAUCUCACAGAAACUUUGCCUGCGCUUCCACUUUCAUCCGCUGUGAUCCAAACGACUGUUAGAACUUCAGCUUCACCGCAGAUUUGUGAUGUGAACAAACGCAAAUCUCUGCAAUAAGUGGCAGAAACCACAUCCAGAGAACCUUGAAGUAUUCCUGUAUGCAGAACAGACCCCCCCCCCCCCCCCCACUCUCAGUUCUGCCGGAAACUAAAAGUCCUGAUGAAGGUUUUCAGAUCCGUCAACCGGCUGAACCAACGGUUGCUGCUUUUGGAAAGACGUGGAGAAAUCUUAAAGAAAACAAAGAUUUAAGCUCAAAUCUUGUUUAAUUCAAAUAUAUCGAAAGGAAAAUUAACGUUUUGUUAAAACAUAAAAUCUUGUUUCCCUGAAAAAGUUUAAAAGAUUUCUCUAAAAAAAAAAGUUUUAUUUUCCUUUUUUUGUUAAAACAGUAUUUUUUUUAGUAUAAAAUAUACACUUCGGUUAAUAAACCCAUUCAUUUGUUCUAAAGCACCUUUAAGCUCCUCCUUUUAGCUAAUAAGGGAGGAGCUUAUGACCAACAGAAACCUUCACAGAUUCAAAAGAACGAUUACUGACGUUUUCGUCAAAUGAAAGGGUUUGAUCAAAAGCCUGACAACCUUCUGAAGGACUUUUCAUUCGUGGCGGUUCCUUCUUCUAUUUAUUCAGAGUUGAGUUUUUCUUUAUUCACAUUGUGUGUAAGCGCUCAUGGAUCUUUCUACUUUUAUAUUUCUGUCCUGUUUCGUAUUUAUUCUGCUUCUUCCCACUGAGAGGUGGAGAUGCGCAUGAACAGACGGCCGGCAGACGUCAUGAAGCCCUUCUCCUCGUGGAUUUCUGUCUCCUGACUCUCUUUGUGCAUGCCUUAAAUUGAACGGGAACUGCUGUACACUCUUUAUUUAUCAUAGACACCCGAAAUCUUCACGGCUGUGAGGAUUUGAGGGAAAUAAAUCCUGGUUAAAAACCAGCUAAAGGUC